AUGAUGUCUUCCAGAAAGUGAAUAAGUUUCACUUCACUUAAGCUCAAAGUUAAGUUUUUUUAAUUGUCUUAAAAGGACAUGUAUUUCUAUGAGAAAACAUUAUUAUAGUGUUGUCUCCCAUGUGAUUGUUAAAAAGGACCGUUCAACUAUCAAUCACCAUCUCGUUAAUCAAAUAAUGAGAAAACCAAACUAAAGUUUAUUAGGAUAGAUUACUGGUAAUGUUUGGAAAGCAUCCCAACACAUAUUUUCCUACCACCAAACGAAUCAGGAAUAAACCACAACAAGACUUGUGGUUACGUCUGGAUAAUUACGACUUCUCGAAAUCAAUCUACGUUAAGACUGGAAUCAUUCAAAAGGAAUUUAAAACCGGUUAAAACGUUAUUACCAUACUUCGAAUUUGUGAGUCCAGUAAGGUUUGAAAAAGAAUAAUUUCUCCAAUCGUCAUUUUAUGGUCACUGCCUCAUCGUGUUUCACGUUAAACUAACUCGGAUCUAAAUCUAUUCCAACCCGGAUAUCCAGCCAGGCUUUGCAAGAUGCUCAUCAUUCGCAUUAAUACGGGACAAAAGCACUCAGCUCCCUGCAUAUUGACAAGACAUUGUUGGCAGAUUAAAAUGCUUUCGUAAAGCAAAUAGAUACAGAUUCCGACGAUCAGUUAGGCAAUCCAAGUACAUCUUUGUAUCUGAUGCUAUUAUGGACCGGAUCGUUAAAGUAAGAGACACAUCAAAAACCAACUCGCCAAUCAAUCGCCUUCUAGGUUUGUCCGGAUAACUAGGUUUGGUUUUCUAUUCUAGCUGGGCUAACAUACUAAAACAAUAUAUCUUAUUUUCACUUCUUAUAAAACUUUAUUUUUCUAGAGCCAAAAAGUCUUAAACAUAUUUUUUUUUUAAAGAAUGUCCGAGUGUCUUAUUUUAAGAAACUAAACAAAUUUUGUCAUGUAAAAUGUACUUAAUGAGAUCGUUCAACUUAAAAUAGCCUUUUUCUUUUGGUGACGAAAUGGUCUACGUGAUAUAUGUUUCUCAGGGGUCUUGCCGAGGAGGUAUAGUGUUUUAGUUACACGUUCCAAAGUAACUUGUGAUGUCACUUAGAGAAAUCGUAUUCAGUAAAUGGUUUUAUCUCCUUGUUUUUCCUGAAAAAAGAACAUGGCUUGAAAAUUAUUAUUCUGGGUGUGCGCUAUCUGUAUAUCUACUACCCCACCACUAAGGGGUUUUGAAGAAAACGUCCUUGUGACACACCAUCCAUCUCACUGUAAGGUCAACUGUGCUAAAAGAGCAAAAAGGAAAUUAUUUAUCCUUGGGCAACAGAUGAAACUCGUUGAUAAGAGAGUCACGUGACUGGACUGACCAUCAGCUGUGCGCAAGAUUCCACAGGCUUGGGAGGAGAGUCUGGCUGAUUUAACUUUAUAGCUAGAAAAGACGAACAAGAAAACCGCAGUUGAUUUUCAGCACCAUGGAGCAAAACACGGACGUCGUGAUUCCUAUCAUCGAUUUGGAUAAGUUGGGAUUACAAACUGCCGAUGUCGAGGAUGUAGAUCAAAUCACAAUGGAUCGUGUUUCCAGGGAACUCGACUCCGCUUUCUCUACUGUUGGAUUUGUUUACCUGAAAAAUCACGGCGUCAAUCAGCAAUUGGUAGAUAACUUAUUCGAACGUUCUAAAUCGUUCUUCCACCUGCCGGAAUCCAUUAAAGAAAAUUAUCGAUGUGGCGUUGAGAACUGUGACGGUUACACCGGAAAGGAUGGAGAAAUUUUGGAUACGAGUGCUCGACAUGAAAUUCGAGAAUCGUACGAUGUUGCCUCACCCGACGGACUCUAUCCCGACGAACACGCACCGGAAUUCCGGCAGGCAAUUAACGAUUUAGCCCCUUCUAUGUGCGAACUAACAUUCCGCUUGCUUAAAUGCAUGGCGCUGGCACUAGGACUCGAUAAGGAAUUUUUUGGGGAACGACACAACUUCAUGUUUAAAGCCGCCGAGAAAAACCGAACCAUCUUCCGUACUCUUUUUUAUCCAUCAUUGGCCGACACCGAAACCCUGGCCGGAGUAGUCAGAUGUGGUUUACAUUCUGAUUAUGGAACGAUUACUCUACUUCUACAAGAUGACAUGGGUGGAUUGGAAAUUCUUUCCCAGGGGAAAUGGUUCCCUGCUAAACCUAUUCCAGGGACGAUCAUGAUCAACUUGGGGGAUAUGAUGCAAUUUUGGACAUCUGAUCGUUACGUUGCUACGGUUCAUCGAGUGGUUGUUCCAGAGGAAGAGAUCCGUCGUCGAACUCCCCGUCAAUCCAUUGCUUUCUUUGUCCAUCCGGAUAACGAUGUGAUGAUUGCUCCGCUGGAUGGAUCCGGUAAGCAUGAACCAGUGGAUGCCCUCACGUAUGUCAAGUCCCGACUCAUUGCCUCCAGUUAUAAAUGAUACCUGCAAUCAAAUUCAAAUGGCAUUUCUACCGCCUUUUAAUAUUUCUUUUCUAACGCAUUUGAUGAAUAAAAUUUGAUCGAUUCUCGGGGAUCGAAAUAAAAUUUGAAUUUGAAUGAAA